AUGGGGCCGCGCAAGCGCCCGCAGCACCCCUCCGACGAUGCCGCGCGAGCUUGGACGCACAAACCCAUCGGAGUCCGUGAUACCUGCGUUAAUAUAGGCAAGAGGAUGUUGGUGUCAAAUUUUACAGCGAUUUUGGUGAAGAUGUCAGAUCCCUUAGCUGCCGUCCUCGCUGCAGAGAUACAUACUAGUACUUACUGCUGCCGAACUAACAUAGAUGAAAAAUCAGUUGAUCUUCAGAAGCAGGAAAUUCACUCAUUUGCCAAAAUGUUUGCUGCUUUGCAGGCUUUGCUUCUCUUCAUGUGGUAUUUCCAUGGUCGAACUCUUGAUGUCAUUGCCAUGAGCUGUGACAAGGAUACAACUCGUGGUUUUGGUCCUUUGGUUCCUGGGCAUCUUAAAGUUGAUUUUCAAGCUAUUAAUGGGUUAAAAAAACCUUUGAAGCUAGAAACUAACCACUUCCUAGCAAUCAUGGUGAUCUCAAUAGCAAUGGAUUUAACACUGAAAAACAGCCCCAUGAAAUUGUUUAAAGAGGAGCAAGAGCUGGCUUUGAGAUCAGUUCUUAUGAUGCUUCUAUCUCCUAGCCAAUUCAUUUUCUCUGAGGCAAGUUCUAAGUUUCUAGAAGCUGUUCUACCAUUAGUCAAUGAAUAUGAUGCCAUUGUUAAGCCAGUAAAAACACUUGUAAAGUAUUGCCACUUGAGAUCACUGCACAUGAUGCUUCAGAAAGAACAACCCAGAUGGUACUCAUGUCCCAUAUAUGAUCUUACUACAGCACUCGAACCAGUUAGACAUUCAUUCACGUGA